UGGGAGAGGACUCGCACACGCACACGGUUCACACGCGCGCGCGCGCAUACAAACACACACUCGGAGGGAAAAGGGGAGCUCAAAAUCUUUUUCUUUUUUUUUCCCCCCAAUAAUUUUUGCGCAUUUUGCUUUCUCUUGAAGAGGAAAACUUUCCAGAGGAGUCUCGCUGCGACAAAGAAAGGUGCCGAGGAGUAUUUAGAACAAGAAAAAGGAACCCUGACCUGACCUCCCCUGACACACACCAGUUAUGGCCGCGGUCUUGCCGAGGACGCUGGGUGAGCUCCAGCUCUACCGGAUCCUGCAGCGAGCCAACCUUCUCUACUACUAUGAAGCCUUCAUCCAGCAGGGUGGCGACGACGUGCAGCAGCUGUGCGAGGCCGGUGAGGAAGAGUUCCUGGAGAUCAUGGCCCUGGUCGGUAUGGCCAGCAAGCCGCUGCACGUACGCCGCUUGCAGAAAGCGCUACGCGACUGGGUCACCAACCCGGCCAUCUUCAACCAGCCCCUGACCUCACUGCCGGUCUGCAGCAUCCCGGUCUACAAACUCCCUGAAGGCUCGCCGACAUUACUGAGCGCCCAGGACCGGGCCAACACAUCCAGCACCAAGAUGACCAAAGCGGUCGCGACCUGCUCAGACACGGGAAAGCUGGACGUGACCCGGGACAAAGUCUCCGUGGGGUCCCCCCUCCAGGGGAAUAGCGAAGCUCGGUUCUGGUCGGGACACAGCAACGAUAGCGAGCACAGUCUGUCACCCUCUGACCUGGGCUCGCCGUCCUCACCCAGAGAAGUGAUGGAGGCUCUGGAUGCGGCUGCCGUGCAGUCGGUCCUAGAGUGCGUGGACAGGAUGGCACCGGGACUUGCCAAGGCGGACAUUGCUGAUGUCAAAGAGCAGCUCAAGAGCAACAAGAAACUGGCAAAGAUGGUCGGUCACAUCUUUGACCUGAGCGAGGAGGAUCCGCGGAGGGAGGAGGAGAUUCGCAAAUACAGCGCCAUCUACGGACGCUUCGAUUCAAAGAGGCGGGACGGCAAACACCUGACACUCCAUGAGCUGACAGUGAACGAGGCAGCAGCCCAGCUCUGCAUGAGGGACACCGCCCUGCUGACCCGCCGCGACGAGCUCUUCGGACUCGCCCGGCAGAUCUCCAGAGAGGUCACCUAUAAGUACACCUACCGCACCAGCAAGUCUCGCUGUGGAGAUGAGCCCUCUCCUAAAAGAAUUAAAACCGAGGAGAACUUCUUUGACAUCCAGGAGGCGCUGCAGGCUAUUCACAUGAGGCAGGAGAUGCUGCGGGAGCAGCUGGCCUGUGCUAAGUCCAAAGGAGACGAAAGCAUCGGACGGAAUCUGCAGAUGCAGCUGGAGCGUCUGCUGGCGAGGCAGAUGGAGAUCCUGCAGGACGCGGCGGUGCAGGAGCGGCUUCAGGCUCUGGACUGGAGGAUCCCCCCCGCCGCCUUGAAGUACCUGACUGAGGCCCAGAACACCAACGGGGCCGGGAGUGACGCCAGCAGAGAGACUCAGGAUGAGCGACCGAUGAACCUGCGUGUUGUCAGUCAAACCAUGCAGGAAGGUGACCUCCCACUGGGCAAACAGCUGGCCAACGAGCUGAAACGUCAUCACAACCACAACAACAACAACACAGAAGAGACCAAAACAGCAGCAACAGAAAACGGGACUUCACAGCGGGCGUCCAGCAGCACAGACAAAAAGACCAUCAAGUCGGAACCGGAAGACUCCACAUAGUGCCUCCUGCUUGCUCCGCCCUCACGUCUCAUCGUAGUAUGCAGUAUUCAGUGUCACUAGAAACUAAGCGAGCACAGUCACAGUAGAGCCUUAACAACCAACGUUGCCUCAUGAAGAGUAUUUAUUUUCCUCGGUUUGUGUCGGUGCCGAUGCAUCAAAGCGAUGCUUGGCGGGUCUCCACUCGAAGCACGUUUGGACACACUUACCUCUCUGAACAUUUUCUUAUUUUUUUGCUCUGCCGAUCUGUCCUUCUAAAUCCAACAUCAGUGUCUCCGUUUGUGCUGGAAACAAAACAGUCCCAGUUCGACUGAGAGCGAGCAUUAGGGUCCUUAUUGUAUGGUCCGGAUGACUCCGCCGCUUUAGUCCGGUGUAUAUUUAUGUGAGGUCUUUUCAGAAGCAGUUUUUUUGGUAGUACUAUUACACACCCAAACCUUGCGGGGGGGUUUGCGGUAACUGCUGGUGAUCCAGAAGGACACACCUGCAAGCAGAGUAUCCCCCCGACUGAAGAUGUGACGUUUCACCAGAAAUCACUCUCAGCCAGUGUGUGUGUGUGUGUGUGUGUGUGUGUGUGUGUGUGUGUGUGUGUCUUCUAUUUGUACCCUUCUUUAGACGUCAACAAGGAAAAGUACCGUCCAUAUGAGGACGAUGCUUACUUAAUGGGGACAUCGCUCUGUUUACACACUUUUAGGGGACUUCGGACGGUAUGGGGACCAAAUAACAGGUCCCCUAAAGCAGGGGUGUCCGAAGUGUGGCCCGGGGGCCAUUUGCGGCCCGCAGCUAGUUGCUUGGAAAUAUUCCGGAAAUGAUAUUGAAAAUUUUUUUUAAACAUUUUCAAAAAGUGGAAUGAUGUGAAAUCUAACGAAAAAAAGUUGCAAUGUUGACCCAAAGCUGCCUUGCAGGCUGUUUUUUUUCUUUUGUCUUUAUUUUUGUUUUUGCCAUUGCUCAAAAAAAAAGACACACAAAAAAAUCAAUGCUAUAAUGAAUUCUUUUCAAGGCACUAAUUACUUAAAAAAUGUCACUUUAAAAUGUUUUAUGUGGAAAAAAUACUGCAUAUAUGAGGGGUCGGCAACCCGCGGCUCUGGAGCCGCAUGCGGCUCUUUAGCGCCGCCCUAGUGGCUCUCUGGAGCUUUUUCAAAAAUAUAUGAAGAAUGAAGUGAAGUGAAGUGAAUUAUAUUUAUAUAGCGCUUUUCUCUAGUGAAACAUAGUGAAACCCAAUAUCUAAGUUACAUUUAAACCAGUGUGGGUGGCACUGGGAGCAGGUGGGUAAAGUGUCUUGCCCAAGGACACAACGGCAGUGACUAGGAUGGCGGAAGCGUGCAUUGAACCUGCAACCCUCAAGUUGCUGGCACGGCCACUCUACCAACCGAGCUAUAUGGAAAAAGAUGAGGGGAAAAAAACAUUUUUUGUUUUAAUAUGGUUUUAUUUAGGAGGACAAACAUGACACAAACCUCCCUAAUUGUUGUAAAGCACACUGUUUAUAUUAAACAUGCUUCACUGAUUCGAGUAUUUGGUGAGCGCCGUUUUGUCCGUCUAAUUUUGCCGGUCCUUGAACUCACCAUAGUUUGUUUACAUGCAUAACUUUCUCCGACUUUCUAAGACGUGUUUUAUGCCACUUCUUUUUUUUGUCUCAUUUUGUCCACCAAACUUUUAACGUUGUGCAUGAAUGCACAAGGGUGAGUUUUGUUGAUGUUAUUGACUUGUGUGGAGUGCUAAUCAGACAUAUUUGGUUACUGCAUGACUGCAAGCUAAUCGAUGCUAACAUGCUAUUUAGGCUAGCUGUAUGUACAUAUUGCAUCAUUAUGCCUCAUUUGUAGCUAUAUUUGAGCUCAUUUAGUUUCCUUUAAGUCCUCACGAUUCAAUUCAUAUCUCAUGACACACUAUCUGUAUGUAAUAUGGCUUUUAAUUGUUUGCGGCUCCAGACGGAUUUGUUUUUGUAUUUUUGGUCCAAUAUGGCUCUUUCAACAUUUUGGGUUGCCGACCCCUGGCAUAUAUUGUGUUGUUGCCCAUAUAAAAACAUCAACGAUUUCUUUAAAACAAACAAAAUAGUUCGAACGUAAAAUCGACAGACAUAUCUGUAGUUGAUCUUGUAACAAGUGUUGAAAGUAAAAAAACAACUAAUAAAAAUGUAUCACUUUAUGAGUGCGGCACCUUUUGGAUCCCAAUUAUGUUUAAUGCACUGGGAUUUCUCAAAAAUUAAUAAUGAAUUAAUCAAUGGUGCCCUGCAUUAUUGAUCUUUUAUGGCUCUUAUUACUAAAAACUGCAUUUUCAGUUUUACUAUAAAAAACUAAGUUGUCUUUGACAAAAAAGGCUUUUUUUUUUUUACUUCAUAUCAACCUGAAGUUUUAUUAGCAGUAAUGACUGAGACACUUUAUGGUCCCCGGGAGCCCUAAAGGUAAAAAACAACAACAAAAUCUAUAUAUUUUGUUAUGGCUUGAAAAUGAAAAAUAGCAAAAUGGCCCCUGCUUGUUUUAUUUUUUACAUGUGUGGCCCUCAGUGGAAAACGUUUGGACACCCCUGCCCUAAAGGGAAACCUUUUUAAAUGAUAGUCAAAUCAUGUUGUAUUUAAUUAGAACUUUUUUUUAAAAUGGUCCUCAGUAGUCACGUACAAAUUUGUGUGAAUUAUACAAAAUUAUUUAAAUUUGGUCCCCAUGAACCAUAUUAACUCUUUUCCCCAAUGUCCCCAGUAAGACGGAUCAGCGCAUUACUUCAACAUUACAGAGAUUUAAAGACGUGUAUGAGCUAACUGAGCAGUGGCCAUUUUUACCUAAUUUUUUUAUGCCUCCACAACCUGUAGAAAGGGUGGUCCCCACAAGUCAUGAUCAAAAACUUGGUCCCCAUUCCAAAUGAUGACCAGUUUGUGUGUGUGUGUGUGUGUGUGUGUGUGUGUGUUCUGGCAAUGCUUACUUAAUGAGGACAUCGCUCUGUUUACACAUUCAUCUUUAGGGGACUUCGGACGGUAUGGGGACCAAUUAACAGGUCCCCUAAAAGAAAACCUUUUUAAAUGAUAGUCAGAUCAUGUCGUAUUUAAUUUCAACUUUUUCUUUUUUAAAUGGUCCUCAGUAGUCACGUACAAAUGUGUGUGAAUUAUGCAAAAUUAUUUAAAUUUGGUCCCCAUGAACCAUAUUAACUCUUUUUCCCCAAUGUCCCCAGUAAGACUGAUCAGCGCAUUACUUCAACAUUCCAGAGGUUUAAAGACGUGUAUGAACUAACUGGGCAAUGGCCAUUUUUACUUAGUUUUUUUAUGCCUCCACAACCUGUAGAAAAGGUGGUCCCCACAAGUCAUGAUCAAAAACUUGGUCCCCAUUCCAAAUGAUAACCAGUAUGUGUGUGUUUUUGUAUUUCUAACCUUCUUGAGACGUCCACAAGGAAAAGUGCCGUCCAUAUGAGGACAGGUGAACAAUUUAGGACCAAAAUCCUGGUCCCAAUACGGAAAAACCAUUGCAUCUGAUAGAGAGCCAACUACUAGAGUCUGUGAACAUUGCUCCAAAGUCAGAAUUUUUUUUGUGUUGAUUUAAUGUGCACACAAAAGUAAACGUUGACAGGUGCAAAGGCAGGAAUAUAUCAUUAAAUAAGACGGCAGUUAAGGAAGGACUUCCCUGUUCAUCCCCGAAAAAAGCCGCCAGGGGGACAGCUGAUUUUACAAUUUCCGGUGCUGAUGUAAGACAACCCGCGUCCAAUAUGUGACCAUAGGAUGAACAAAUUUAGUGUCCACCCUGAGAUCGGUAGGUCGUGAGUUCAAACCGAGUAAUACCAAAGACUAUUAAAAAUGAGAUCCAUUAUCUCCCUGCUUGGCACUCAGCAUCAAGGGUUGGAAUUGGGGGUUAAAUCACCAAAAAUUAUUCUCGGGCCCCUCACCUCCCAGGGGGUGAUCAAGGGUGAUGGGUCAAGUGCACAGAAAAAUUUCGCCACACCUCGUGUGUGUGGGACAAACAUCGGUACUUUAACUUUGACUUAAAUACACUACGGUACUAAGACUAUAGUGGCCAUUAACAGUUAGCUUCUACAGCUGUGCUGCCCAAAAUGCGGCACAGGGGCCCUCGGUGGUCCGUGACUCGUUUGUCACCGGCCUUAAGCACUUUACAAAAAAAACAAAAAUUGAGAUCUCAUUUGCACGCACUAGUGGUGAAAUCUAUCAAAAUGAGGGUGGUCCCAAAAUGGAGGGAUUUUUCAAAUUGACUGUGUGUCGGUUUUAAAAGUGCUCCCCGUCUGGUCAACAUAUGAAAUAACAAGUGUGUGUAAGAAAUUGAAAUGCGCCCCCUUAGUCCAAAAUUUGUAAUAAAUAAAUAUUUAAAUAAAUAUGUAUACUGAGACCUACUGUAAUAACUACAGUAAAAACUACUGUAAAUGAUGAAGAUUGAAACCCAAUUACUAAUGAAAAAUUCCCCCCAAAAUAUUUAUUUUUCUCACAAUGUGUCGACUUCUUUCUUAUAAAAUUGGGACACAUUUCUCAUAUUAUUUCUGUUUCCGUAAUAUUGCGAUAUUUUCUCGUAAAAUUACUUUUUUGAUGCAAAAUUAUUACUUUUUUAUGCAAAAUGGUGACAUCUGUCAUAUAAAAUUCUGACUUUUAUCACAAUAUUGCACAUUUUUUGGUUGUUCUUGUAAAAUAGUGAAAUUUUUUGCGUAAAAUUCCGAUUAUUACUAUAAAAUUGCCAAAAUUUUAGUUUUCUUAUAAAAUUGUGACUUUUGUCAAGCAAAAUUACGACUCUUUUCAUAAAAUUGCCUAAAUUUUAAUUUUUUCUUGUAAAAUUGUGACUGUUAUGGAGUAAAAUUCCAACUUUUGUCAAAAUGUUGCACAAAUGUUCCGUUUCUCUUGUAAAAUUUUGACUUGCGUUGAGUAAAAUUAUGACUUUUAUUACUAUACUGCUAACAUUUUUUCAAAAGUUUUUCUUGUGAAAAAAAAAAAUAAAGAUUGAGAUCUCAUUUGCACGCACUGGUGGUGAAAUCUAUCAAAAUGAGGGUGGUCCCAAAAAGGAGGGAUUAUUCAAAAUGACUUUGUGUCGGUUUUAAAAGUGCUCCCCCUCUGGUCAACAUAUGAAAUAACAAGUGUGUGUAAAAAAUUAAAGUGUUCCCCCUCUGGUCAACUUAUGAAAUUAC